GUAGAAAACUGUAGAAAACUGCAUUGUCGACUGGCGUAGGAGAAAAUAAAAAGUUUUAUAGCUGUAUUACCGACACAAACUUUGAGGUUCGAUAACCACAGAUGCGCGUCCAUGCGCGUCCCGCCACUCCCGCCGCGUUGUCAUACGCGGAAGAAGACAGUAGCAGUUUGACCAAGUUUGACGUUUGACGUGUCGCGUAGCGGAUCCUCAAACCACCUCAGACACGGGGAACAUUGGGUAUUUGGCACAAAUUGAUAAUCGCUGUAACAUAAUUCGAUAAAUCGUAUACCGAUUCAAAUGCAACGGCAUAUCCCACGAUCUGCGAAGUAAAUAAUAAUUGAUAACGAAGCGAGGCAUGAGAGGCGGCACCCAAGAAACCGCAUGCAAAUCAAAAGAUGCGACGACCUCGCAAACGAACGAGAAGGAAGACAACGCGACGGACUGGUGGCUUCUGUUCGGGGGUAUAACUGUACUUACUUUGAUCACACGAUUUUACAAAGUCACAGAACCUCAGCAUGUGUGUUGGGAUGAAACACAUUUUGGCAAAAUGGGUAGCUGGUACAUAAACAGGACGUUCUUCUUUGAUGUACAUCCACCUUUGGGAAAGAUGCUCAUUGCUUUGUCCGGGUACUUAUCCGGCUAUGACGGGACGUUUGCUUUUGAAAAACCAGGAGACAAAUUUGAAAAUGUCAAUUAUAUCGGCAUGAGAAUUUUCUGCACAAUUCUGGGUGCAACCACUGUUCCUCUGUCAUACCUUAUCGUAUGGGAUUUUACCAAGUCGAUUCGUGCCUCUGCUCUUGCUGCUCUUCUCAUUUUGUGUGACGUAGGAUUGUUGACGUUGAAUCAGUAUAUCUUGCUGGAUCCCAUAUUGUUAUGUUUUAUGAUGUGCGCGACAUGGGGCAUGGCGCGUGUGGCAUCACUUCAAUAUCAACCAUUCACGCGAGCCUGGUGGUCGUGGUUGUCGUUCACCGGAGCUUCGCUCGCGUGCACGUUUAGCGUGAAAUUUGUCGGGCUUUUUGUUAUUCUGCUUGUGGGUGUUUACACCGUGUAUGAGCUCUGGCGAGAAUUGGGCGAUCUGUCAAAGCCUAUUUCUUAUGUGGGGAAACAUUUGUUAGCAAGGUGCUUUUGCCUCAUCCUAUUACCGGUUUUACUUUACUUGCUAUUUUUUUAUAUCCAUCUUUCCGUUUUAAAUAAAAGCGGAAGUGGCGAUGGUUUCUACAGUUCGGAAUUUCAAUCGCUAUUACGUGGAAAUUCAUUAUAUAACGCAACGAUGCCGCGACAAUUAGCGUACGGUGCCACUAUCACAUUAAAAAAUCAUCGAACAGGUGGCGGUUACUUACAUUCUCAUUGGCAUUUAUAUCCUGAGGGAGUCGGCGCUCGGCAACAACAGAUCACGACUUAUUCUCACAAGGACGAUAACAAUUUGUGGUUGGUGAAGAAAUUCGACACGGACGUGAUACCGUCGGAACCGGAAUUGGUUAAACACGGCGAUCUCGUGCGUCUGGAGCACAUUACGACGAGACGAAAUUUACACUCGCACAAGGAGCUAGCGCCGAUAUCGAAGAAACACUAUCAAGUCACCGGAUAUGGAGAGAACGGUACAGGCGAUGCUAACGACGUUUGGAAGAUAUUAAUAACAAACGGAAGGAACGACGACGUGGUGGAAACGGUGACGAGUAAAUUAAAGUUCGUGCAUUAUCUUCAUCAUUGUGUGCUAACGUGUAGCGGCAAAACGUUACCGAAAUGGGGAUACAGUCAACAAGAGGUUUCUUGCAACCCCAAUAUGAGAGAUAAAAAUGGGUUGUGGAACAUCGAGGACAAUCAAUAUGCUAAAUUACCAAACGUCAGUUUCCGAGUGUACGCGCCAGGAUUUCUCGACAGAUUCCUAGAGUCGCAUGCUGUGAUGUUGCAAGGCAAUUCGGAUCUAAAAGUGAAAGAAGGGGAGGUGUCUUCGCGGCCGUGGCAGUGGCCUAUAAACUAUAGAGGGCAAUUCUUCUCUGGGAACAAUCAAAGAAUAUAUCUGCUUGGCAACCCCAUUAUUUGGUGGGGAAACAUAGUCUUCCUUAUAAUAUUUGUAAUUCUUUACAUCUACGCUUCCGUGCGCGAGCAACGGGGUUGCAUCGACGACACCGUUGUGCUCGAACGGCGAAGUAAAAUAAUGCACGCUGGCAGGUGGCUUUUCCUCGGAUGGAUCUUGCAUUAUGUGCCUUUCUGGGCGAUGACUAGGGUACUGUAUUUUCAUCAUUAUUUUCCGGCUCUACUGUACAGCUCCAUGCUGACAGGGAUUAUAUUGAAUUACGUUAUUGAGAGCUUCCUGUUACUGCUACCUGGCAAAGUUGGAAAUACAAUUUAUCAUGUCGUGCUGGGAACUAUAAUUUCCGGCAUUGUAUAUAGCUUUUAUCUGUUUUCGCCAUUGGCUUACGGGAUGGACGGUCCAUCCGCCAUGGAUCCCGACAGUUCGAUGCAUUCUUUAAGGUGGAUGGAAUCUUGGGAAUUUUAACCAGUGCAAUACAAAGUACUUUAUAUUCGUACAUAUACUCGUAAUUUUAUAGCAUAAUUAGUAAUGCGGUAUACUUUACACUGUACUGCUAAGAAUAUUAACUUGAAUCUGCGACAUGAUGACUGAGAUAUUGAAAAAUGCUCAUCUUUUAUAUUAUUUAUAUUAUUUAUAUUUUUUAUCAAACUAUAUAUAUAUAUAUAAAGAUUUUAUUUACGAUGUUUUCUACUUUUUACAAUUUGUUCGUACAAACAUUAAAAUGGUUUAAUAGCAAAAUAA